UAUACAGUUGGCCUUAAUUAUGAUACUUCUAGUAGUGAACGACAUUGAGAACUUUAUGGAAGCCUUGCAUUUUAUGACAAUUACGAUAACUGUAUUGUCUAAGAUAUCUCGUCUAUUUAUGGCUGCGAAAGAUAUGAAAGACAUAGAAAAUUAUUUGGCCAAUUUCGAGACAUCAAAAAUCCCACAUGGUAUAGUUGGUUAUGUUAUUGAUGAAGCAUAUUUCAGGGAUCGGUUCUAUCUACCACAAUGGACUUUGAUAACAUUUUUGACGUUACUCCAGCUUGCCACCUGUCUCAUUUUUCAUACUCAGAGACUAGUAUUCAUCGUUAGUUGGUUUCCAUUCGAUCUUCAAAAACCGGAGUUUUAUUUUCCCACAGUUAUUUUCCAAAUAAUCGUUUUAAUUUUUAAUGCUUUCCCUAAUAUUGCUAUUGAUACGACAUAUUAUGUCUUAGUUGAUAUAGCAUGCUGUGAAUUAGACAUUUUGAUGUACAAAUUAACAAAUUUGGAUCCAUCAAAAAAUACAAACGAUACAAUUAAAGAAUUGAAAGAGGAUGUUAUUUGUCAUCAAACGAUUUUAAGAUUCAUUCUCUGUGUACAAAACAAUGUAUUCGCCGGAUUAAUGUUUCUACAAUGUAUUGGAAGUAUAAUAACCAUAUGCGUAUUGGGAUUUCAAUUUACUACAACGGUACUUAUGCUUAGAUAUGUUAUAAAUAAAAUUGUUAGAGAGAUUUCACCUUGCCUUUGA